AUGAGCCUACGAGAACAUGCUCCGAGAAUCAGCAAAAAUUUCUUAAAUGUUUCAGGCACUCCUACUGUGACAAGUAUCUCUUCAACUGUUGCCGCGUCUACAUAUCCAGCAACGCCAGGUUGUAACAAACGGAUAAUUGGAUAUUAUUUUGCAACACAAACUUCUGUUAUCACAAGUGAUCAAGUUUCAAAUCUGACACAUGCAGUUUUUGCAUUUGUCAAUAUUACUUCAGAUGGACAAUUACAAAUUGACGGUGAUUUGGCGAAAAACAGAUUUACGAAUUUGAUAGAAAUAGCAAAACAGCAAACUCCACAAGUCAAAGUUAUGAUAUCAAUUGGUGGAAACGACAAUUCCAACAACUUCAAGCCGGUUUUAAGUAGUCCCGACAGAAAAAAAUUGUUCAUCAAUUCCACAGUAUCAUUCCUUCAAACUUAUGAUAUUGACGGUGUUUAA